AUGUCUUCUCACCCACGCGUCGUACUUCUCGGUACUUGCGACACAAAGUUGGAGGAGCUUCUUUUCCUCCGCAAAGAAAUAGAACAAAACAAUGUCGACGUGACGUUGAUGGAUGUGGGUAGAAAGCGUAUAAGGCACAGUUCCAUCAGCAUCAGUCAAGAUCAACUGCUGGAGGAUCAGGGUGGCGUGGAAGAUGUGAGUGAGUUGCCUCGAGGCGAAGUCAUCAAAACGAUGGCUGCCCGCGCUACCAAGGCAGUCAAGAAUUUGUUUGAAGAAGGGAAAAUACACGCUAUCAUCAAUGCAGGAGGCUCGGGUGGCACAUCCCUAGCGGCAGAAGUGAUGAGGACCGCACUACCCAUCGGCUUCCCUAAACUUAUCGUUUCUACCGUCGCAAGCGGUGACACUGGACCCAUCGUUGGAGAAACGGAUAUCACUUUGAUGUACAGCGUAGUGGACGUCGCUGGUUUGAACGAGGUACUCCGAAACGUGCUCAGCAACGCUGGAGCCGCCAUCGCAGGAAUGGCUCGAGCAUACGCGUCUCGUCAAAAAGAUGCCCUCCAAUCUCAGAAGAAGCGCGUCGGUAUUACCAUGUUCGGUGUUACUACCCCAGCCGUCGAUUCUAUACGAACACAUCUGGAAGCAAGUUACGAUAUUGAAACGUACGUCUUCCACGCUACCGGCCACGGUGGAAAAGCAAUGGAGCGACUUGUCAAAGAAGGAGGCCUUGAUGCAGUGCUGGAUCUUACCACUACCGAAAUAUGCGACCACAUCACCGGCGGUGUGAUGAGCGCGGGCGAGCAUCGUCUCGAGGCUGCUGCAGAAGCUGGAAUACCAUAUAUCGUCUCCGUAGGCGCGACUGACAUGACAAACUUUGGCCCCAUGAACACGGUACCGGAACGAUACAAAGACCGCAAACUUUACGAGCACAACCCUGUCGUCACCCUGAUGAGGACAUCCGUAGACGAAGCGACUCAAGUCGGCGACUUCAUUGCGGCGAAGUUGAAGACUCAUGCAAAGAACCCUGGGAUGAUUCAGAUAUGGCUUCCAAAGGGAGGUAUCAGCAUGAUUGCGGUCCCCGAUGGGCCGUUUCAAGACGAAAAGGCGGAUGCGGCGCUCUUCGAUGCUAUAAGAAGAGGGCUACAGGAUGGUAAGAUCGAGAUAAUUGAGGACGAGCGCGCAAUCAACGAUCAAAACUUUGCGCGCGACAUCGCGGAGGCUCUAGUCGGUAAGAUGGACUCCAUCAAGAGUGCUGCGAAGACGCUUGCUAACGGUCUCGUUACUUUCUACAAUGAGAGCGUGUCCGAGUCUGGAAUCCCCGGCAUUUUCCCCGAUCCCUACUACUGGUGGGAAGCCGGUCUCGUCUUCAACGCGUUGAUCGACUAUUCCUACCUGACCGGCGAUAGCCAGUAUGAUUCUAUCGUCUCCGAAGGCAUUCAAGCGCAGCUUGGUGAGGAUUUUGCCUUUAUGCCAGCGAAUCAAACUGGACGAAUUACCAACGAGGAUCAAACCACCUGGGCACUAACAGCCCUGACCGCGGCCGAAACUGGCUUCUCACCACCAGAGAACAGAUCGUGGGCUGAAUACGCCGCCGAGGUAUUCGAUGUGCAGGUGCUAAGAUGGGACGAAGAAACUUGUGGAGGGGGUCUUCGUUAUACAAUCUUCACGUUCCAAUCUGGAUACGACUACAAAUCCAAUGCUGCCACCGGCGACUUCUUCCUCCUGGCUGCUCGCCUAGCCAAGCUUACCGGCAACGAAACUUACUCUGAAUGGGCGGAUAAAUCGUAUACCUGGGCCAAGGACCGGGGAUUGAUCAGCGAUGAUUAUGAUGUUUACGACGGUACUUCUGCCGAGUUGAAUAAUUGCGAGGAUGCCAAUCGCAUGCAGUGGUCGUACAUCCACUCGGUAUAUACGGAGGGCUCUGCUAUCAUGCAGAACAUCACAAACGGCGCACAGAAAUGGACCGAUGCUGUACAAAGCUUCGUGAACUCUUCCAAUAUCUUCUUCGAAAACGAUAUUCUCACCGAGAUAGCCUGCGAGCAUAACGGCCGGUGCACCUUCGAUCAGCGUACUUUCAAAGGUAUCACCGCACGCUCGUAUGCUCGUGCAGUCGUCGCUGCCCCUUCCCUCGCAGAGCCGCUCACCAAGAAGCUCGAAGCGUCCGCCAAAGCCGCCGCCGGUAUAUGCGAAGAAGUUUCGGAAGACGUCAAGUGCUCGAACUCAUGGCAUCAUACGGAUAGUUUGGAAACUGCUAGCGACGGCAAUCUAGGUGAGGUGUUCAGUGCGCUGGCUAUAGUGCAGAGCUUGCUGUUCUCCAAGGCUAAACCGCUCGCUUCGAAUGGGACGGAAGCUGGGGGUGGUGACAACGCGACGCAGAGUGGGGAUGCGUCGGGUACAUCUGGAGCUGAAGUGUCCAAAGAGACGGGCGCGGCAGGGACGAUCGCUGCGAGUGUCACAGCGGUCUUGGCUGUGGCUUUUGCUGCGGCUCUCAGCUGCUAG